GCAAGGGGGAGUGUUGGGUAAGGCAAGGGGGAAGGUCUUCUGCCACCGAAAAACACAUAAAGCCGCAUUCGUAUGCGCACACAAAGGGAUACCGGUAGCUGCCGUACAUUUCCGGAACCGCAGGCUGUGGUUUCGGAGCGGGAUGCCGUACAGCUGCAGCUGCGAGGGGAGCAGCAGCAGCUGCAGCAGCUCCGGAACCGCCUGAGGGAGCAGGAGCGGGAGUUGCGCAGCGAGUGUCAGGCGGCGGUGGCGGCGGAGAAGGCGGGGCUGCAGGCCCAGCUAGCCGAGCUCCGAAACCAGCUCCAGGAGGCGGACACCCGGGCCCGGCAGCAGGCAGCGGAGGCCGCCGCCACCCUGGACCGCCGUACACGAGCCGCGGAGGCGGAGGCAGAGGCGUUACAUCGUCAGGUGACGGAGGCGACGGAGGCGGCGGGACGGAGCAGCCGGCGAUGUGAGGAGCUGGGGAGGAGGCUGGCGGAGGCGGAGGCGGCAGGGGCGGCGGCAGCGGGAGAGGUGGCGGCGCUGCGGGGGCAGGUGGCGCGUAUGGGCGCGGAGGCGGCGGCGGUGCAGGCGGCCGCACGGAUACGGGAGAAGAUGGAGGAGGAGCUCGACAGGCUGCGCAACCGCAUUCGUGACGUGGAGGGCCAGCUGCCCCGCCUGGGCGCCUCCCACCCCCCGCACCCCCUCCUGCUGCACCCGCCCACCCCCGCCGGCAGCAUCGUCAUACACGCAGCGGCAGCCGCAGCGCCCCCUUCGCCCUCGGGCGGCAAUGGAGGAGGAGCAGGUGGCGGAGGAGGGGGGACUCAGCUCACGGGGGCGGCGGCAGCACCGCAGCAGUACGACACGGACUCUGGCGCUGCGUGCGGCGGUACGGCGGCGGCAGCGGGUUUGAACGAAGCGGAGCGGGCCGUGCUUCAAGAGCAGCUGGACGCCCUCCGCGGCAGUCGCCAGGCUCUGGAGGGGCUGCUGGGCGGACUGCGGGACAGCAUCGGGGAGCUGCGGAACGCUGCGGUGGCAGGGGGGACGACAGCAGGGGCAGCCGCGCUCUCACCCGCUGAUCCGGUGUCCGCAGCGGCGGCGGAAGGCACAGCAGCGGCCGCGGAAGGCGUGCGUCCGCAGGAAGGCGCAGCAGCUGCAGCAGAAGCAGCGGCGGCGCUGGCUGAGGAGGUAGCGGGGCUGCGGAAACAAGUCGCGGACCUGACCGCCCAGCUGGCCGACCUGGCAGCGGCGCGAGGGGGGCUGGAGGCGGCCCUCAGGGAGUGCCAGGGGGAGCUGAACGACGUGCUGGAGGACAGGUACCAGCUGCAGGUGGCGCUGCGGGCGGCUCAGAAGCAGCUGGCGGAGGCGCUGGCGGCGGCAGCAGCGGCAGCGGCAGCCCCUGACAACAACAGCAAUAACAAUAGCAACAGUAAUAGCAGCGGUAAUGGCAGCAGCGGUGCUAGUGCUGCCUCCGCCGCCCGGCUGUCUCAGCUGGAGGGGGCGCUACGUCAGGCCACUCGGGACUACCAGCUGCUGCUGCAGGAGGUGUCCGCCAUUCGCGGCGAGCUGGGCACGAAGGAGGCGAGCAUCGCCGCACUUUCCGCCCAGCUGGACCGACUCACACCGCUGGCCAGCGAGGCGGAGCACCUGCGCGCCGCGCUGCCCGCCCUGGAGUCCCGCUGCGCCUCCCUGUCCCGCCAGCUGUCCGAGUGCGAGGCGGGUCGGCGGGUGUUCGGAGAGCUGGAGGCCGCUCACUCCUCCAUGCAGCGGAGGCUGGCGGUGGCGCGGGCGUCGGACGAGAUGUACAACAGCGGCG